AUGACGGCCCGUUCCGUUCCGUCCCGCUCCCUUGCCGAGAACGAUCAGCGGAUGGAGCUUGGGAGAGUGAGUCUCAACUCUGGAUGCUCUGUGAGGACCGUAUCAGACAACACUCAUAUCCACAUCCCACAACUCUACCACGUCUCCUCACCACCCACCAACAUGACCACCAUCACCGACCCCACCCUCCUCUCCGUCCUCCAAGCCGCAACCGCCGCACGCGACCAAUGCCUCUCCCUGAUUUCCCUCCUGGAGACCAACACCCCCACCGAGACCACCACCACCACCAGCACGGAAGAGACGGAACGCGCCCUCUCCGCGCGCCUCGCGAUCCUGCGCGCCCUGAACCGCAAAGCCAUCUAUUCCGUGCGCGAGACGAAGCAGCAGACGGCGGCGAAGCGGCACGAAGUCGACGAGCUGCACUUACAGUUGCAGAACAUUACGUAUGAGCGGAAUCACCUGCAGGGGGAGAUUUGGGGGUGUUGGGGGUUUGAGUUCGUAUAAAAACAUAUAAAACACAGAAAAACAUUGGGUAGGCAAGGCUGACUUUUUAUUAUUGUGUAUACAGGCAUAAAUACACCACCCUCCCCAUGCUCCCCGCGGAAGACUUCCUGGCUCGGAAUCCGGCUUUUUUGGGCAGGCCGGAGCACGACGUGACGCUGGCGCGGAUUCGCGAUGAGCAUGAAGCAAGGCAGGCGCUGGAGGCGGAGAGGGUGGCGCUGGUUAGGAAGAAGGAAGGGCUGGUACGGGAGACGAACGCGAAGAAGGAAGAAUUGGGCAGGUUGGAUGUGGAGGUUGAGAGGUGGAUUGCAGGGCAGGAGGGGGUGAGAAGGGUUUUUGAGGCGAGGGGGAGCAAGGGGGAGGGGAAGGAGGUGGAGGGGUGA